GCCCACAGUAGCUUCACCGUUCAAACUGCUGCGCUUCCAUCUGGGGCCAUUUUCAAGAUCCUAAUUUCCCUUUUCUUUUUAUUCUUCAGUCUUAACCAAAACAUUCAGCAGUGGUAGAGAAAUGGAUCCGAAUUCAGUUAAAUCCACUUUGUCUAAUUUAGCAUUUGAGAAUGUGAUGGCAGCCGCUGCUCGUGACUAUAAAAAGGAGAUGCUUGCCCAAGAGAAGGCACAGUCAUCGACUUCAGUCAACCAAGAGGUUGACCUUGAUGAGCUAAUGGAUCAUCCUGAGCUGGAAAAACUGCAUGCUGACAGGAUUGCAGCUCUGAAGAAAGAAGCCGAGAAGCGCGAAGCACUAAAGAGGCAAGGGCAUGGAGAGUACAGGGAGAUUAGUGAAGGAGAUUUCUUGGGUGAAGUCACUGGAAGCGAGAAAGUGGUUUGUCACUUCUAUCAUAAGGAGUUCUAUCGAUGCAAGGUAAUGGAUAAGCAUUUGAAAGCCCUUGCUUCAAAGCAUCUGGAUACGAAGUUCAUCAAGCUGGAUGCUGAGAAUGCGCCUUUCUUUGUUACCAAACUUGCAGUCAAAACUUUGCCUUGUGUUUUAAUUUUCAAUUAAAACUUGCAAUUUUUGGGCAGAAAAGGGAUUGCAGUAGAUAGGUUGGUCGGGUUUCAAGAUCUUGGAGGGAAAGAUGAUUUUGUUAUUAGGACACUUGAGGUUGUACUGAUAAAGAAAGGUAUAGUUAGUGAGAAGAAAAAUGAUGAAGAUGACGAAGGCGAUGUUUACGAUGAGAGUAAGCGCAAGACAGUGAGAUCUUCUUUGAAUCAUGACUGCGAUUCUGACUAAAGAAAUGGCAACCCAGAAUUAAAUAUGAACAUGUUAAUGCAAGCGCACUAGUAAGUUUACAAAGUAUCUUGAUGUAGCGCUGAAACUCGUCUUUCAUGGCAUGGUUUUGUGAGUUUGAAGUUCGAAUCAUAUUGUAAAAGAUAUGGAAGCUUGAGGGACGGACUAUUCACUAUAUGAUACUCCUUAAGCAGUUAUCUUUCACUUUUAUCAUCAUAAUGGUUAUUAAUGUAUGGUUGUAGUA